AGAAACAUUUUGAAGUACAUUAUUUUGAGGUGUUUUUGAGGUAUUUUGAGGUAACUACACAUUUAGCUUCUAUAACCGAAGUCAGAUUAAAAGCGACAGACAGAAGUACUCUAGGAGUUUAUUUCUCUUUCACGUCACAGCCUGCAUGCAAGGAGCAGAAGGACUGAAGAGCAUUCAGUGUCCUUCUCAACUUGAGUGGCUCGUAAAUGGUUCCAGCUCUCAACACUAUGUCCACAGUCAGAGCAGCAAGACAGGGAACAGAAAAAGGGAAAGGCAAGCUCCAUUCCCCCUGAGGACAGGACUAAGAUGUUGGUGUGUGUCGUUUCUUCCUAGAAUGUGGAACAGAAUCUGGUCACGUGGCCAUACCAAGUUGCAAGGGAGGCUGGGGCAUUUCUCCUGGCCCAGCAGCCACGUGUCCAUUUCUGUUGCUCUUGAUGAAGUCAAGAAGGGACGAUGGGGGAACAGCUGUGCAUCUUUGUCACACCUGCUACGUGUCCAUCACUGCACUCAGUGCCAGGGGUAUAGAGAUGGGUGAGGCCUGGAUUCCGGGGAGAACCCAGGUUAGUUUGAGGGAUUUAGGGUAUAUACCUGUUCUCGGAAUAGAUCGUGAACAUUUAACCUGUUUACCUUUUCUCUACAUUCUAUAUAAACAAUGCAUUUUGUAUACUGCCUAUAAUCCUCUGUGCUUUUGUAUCUGCUGCCCCAUUGCCUGGCAUGGUUUCUGCCCCUAUUUUCCACUGGAUGCAAUUCUACCUAUCCGUUCUGCUAAGGCUAGCCCGAGAGUUCCCACCUUCGAGAAGCCGUUAGCAUUCCUUUCCGGGAUAGGUAGGAGUUGUACCAUUGGUGUUCCCAUAACACUCAAAUUCUGUGUUCUCUUCGCUCCGUUUUGUUGUAAGUCCCUCAAGACAUGUAGGGACUGUAUUUUAUUCAUUUCCUGUUUUGAACACCUAGCAAGCACAGUGCUGAGCAAAUAGAAGGUGCUUGAUAGAUGUUUGCUGAAUCAAAUUAGAGCUUGGCAUCCUUUCAUGGAUUCUUGAAUGGCAAGGUGGGUGGAAUCUCUAAUGAACUGGGGAUCUCCGUCAUAUUGCGGAUGAUGAUAUCAGAGUUAAAAAGUUAAGUGAAUUCCAAAUCAAAUUCAGAAUCAUAGAAGAGAUCAUGUCUCCAACAGUUCCAUCUUAUUCUAACUUAGAGUUAAUUUUAAUUCUUUAUUUUUAUUCAGUUAUUCUAGUAAAUGUUUCUUGGCUGAGAUUGAUGAAGGGUCUUCAAGAAAAAGCCUACAUUUGAAUUAUAGGUUCUCUUAUCUCGCUAAAAAUUAUAUCACAUAUGUGGGGUGCCGGGGUGGCUCAGUCAAUUAAGUGUCCGACUUCAGCUCCGGUCAUGAUCUCACGGUUUGUGAGUUUGAGCCCCACAUCGGGCUCUGUGCUGACAGCUCAGAGCCUGGAGCCUGCUUCGGAUUCUCUGUCUCCCUCGCUCUCUGCCUCUCCUCUGCUCACACUCUGUCUCUCUCUCUCUCAAAAAUAAAUAAACAUUAAAAUUAAAAAAAACUAUCUCACAUAUAUUUCUCACUAAAGUUUCUCUAAAAAAUCAAAUUUAUGUCUUAUCUACGGGAAAUGCAUCUUGGAUGGUCUAGAAGAUGUUGAGUUUUUUUCCCCCCUCAGAUCUCCCUUUAAAAGCCAAUUUGCAAUGUAAUUUAGAAAUUUUAUUUUCUUCUAGGUUUCUGAUGUCGUCACAAAAGUAGCCUUAUUGUCUAUAAUUUAUUCAUUAUUUCCCUUUUGGACCUUCUGAUACAUGGAGGAUUAAUUAGUAUAUGAUAAAGCCAUAGAAUUUUCGUAGACUAUUUAAAUUACAUAAAUUACUGGGUGUAGUAAUACUAUUGCUUAUAUUACUUAUAGGCAAAACACCUGCUUAUUUGGGGCCUUAGUUACUUUAUUAGUGAAGGAAGAACAUUAAACUAAGGCAGGAGUUGUUUUGUUUUGUUUUGUUUUCAUCUCCAGUAGCCCCUUGGGCUGUUAAUAAUAAUAAAGAUUUGUUACUUUAAAUCAUAGGUUUUAAGGAAAUAAUGGUGAAGUGUCGACAGUUCAUAGGCUUGCACUUUCUAGGGCCUGAAGAGCGUAGCGGUGUGAUCUUCAUGGGUGGCGGGAAAUAGUUAACCUCUCUUCCUGAGUGGCAGCAGCCUCUGGAGUGACUUGGGCAUGGGGUCAAAUGCAGAUCAUUAGCUGUGGCACACUAGGAGGCUGUAUGAAUCCUUGCUUGUUAGAAUGGGUGAUACCAUACAAAUUAAUAGUUUUACCCCCAAAUGCCUUAAUAGUUCAUCUUCUCAGGUGUGGCGUGCACAAGGCCUUUUGGAAGAAUGUUAUGAUCGGCUCAGUCUCAGCAAACUGUAUCUUUAGAGAAGAAUGUAAAUUACAGCUUGCAAAGAGCAUUCAUUUGUAACAUCUCCUGCUUUGAAGGCACCCUCACUUUGUGUCUCGUGUCUAAAUCGUAGGCGAUGGAUCAUCUAAUUAAUGAUAUUAUCUAAUUAAUUAUGUCUGACUCUGAUCAGAUUUACUUACCAGGGUUAUGUUUAUUUCAUGUGCUGUAACGUAGGAAGUGAAUAUUUUGGCAGUGAGCGCCCGUGCGCGCGCGCACGCACACACACACACACACAUACACACACACACAAACCUGUGUGUAGCUGCAGUGAUCAAGUGAGUCGGGUCCUGAGGCCACUCCAGCAAUCUUUUCUACAAUUCAUGUGAAACACGUACCGCAAGACAAAGCGUCUGACAGUUGGGAGGGUGGUUCUGUAGUCCUAGGAAUCCAGAGUGAAUUAAAGUCUAGACUCCGUCAUUUUUCAGGGGAAAAGGGAGGAGGGAGAAGUCGCAGAUCAGAUAUGCCCGAAGUGUUACAGAGAGAACACGGAGGCCAGGAUGCUGCUGCUGGUUUGAGCGCUGGAAGGGAGGCAAUAAUGGCAGAGCAGCAGCGGGGGGAGCCGUGCGCUCAGAAGCAGUAACAUAAACAGCAUCAGGAGUAGGGCCUCCUCUUGUAAAAAGCAGGAUACUGCAGGCUUGUGAAAGGCAAGAUUCUCUGAUGUCUGACAGUCUCCUGAGUGGAGAAUGGCUACUGUAAAAAUGUUGCCAAGAAACUCUACCGAUCCAGACGGUCAUAACUGUGUGGUAGGAAUAGUUACCUCAGGAAAAUAAAUUUUACUUUUGGCCGAUUUUCUGGUCUGUAGACAACUCCCUGAAGAAGAUCUCAAAUUACCCGAAAAAAAAAAAAAGGAAAGAAAAGAAAAGAAAAACAGGGACAACAAAGUUUUGGCAUGCUUGCAAGGACCCGUGGUGUUUUUUAGAAACUACCUAGGAAGGCAGAAGCUAAGUGUUGAUUUGCCCAUGCCUCUUACCUGGGAGCACAAGGUGGGAAGAAAUGGACAGUGGCUGUGAUGAGACGAGGAGGCACAGUGCAGCUCGGUGAAGCCACACGCUGACUGCGUUCCGCACCGCUCUUCAUGCAGUGCUGUGGGCUGGUGCAUCGGCGGCGAGUACGGGUGUCCUAUGGUUCGGCAGACUCCUACACCAGCCGUCCGUCCGACUCAGAUGUUUCUUUGGAGGAAGAUCGGGAGGCGGUACGCAGGGAAGCAGAGCGACAGGCCCAGGCCCAGUUGGAAAAAGCAAAGACAAAGCCCGUUGCAUUUGCUGUUCGGACAAAUGUCAGCUAUAGUGCAGCCCACGAAGAUGAUGUUCCAGUGCCAGGCAUGGCCAUCUCCUUCGAAGCAAAAGAUUUUCUGCAUGUUAAGGAAAAAUUUAACAAUGACUGGUGGAUAGGGCGAUUGGUUAAAGAAGGCUGUGAAAUCGGAUUCAUUCCAAGCCCAGUCAAACUAGAAAAUAUGAGACUACAGCAUGAACAGAGAGCCAAGCAAGGGAAAUUCUACUCCAGUAAAUCAGGAGGAAAUUCAUCAUCCAGUUUGGGUGACAUAGUACCUAGUUCCAGAAAAUCUACACCUCCAUCGUCCGCUAUAGACAUAGAUGCUACUGGCUUAGAUGCAGAAGAAAAUGAUAUUCCAGCAAACCACCGCUCCCCUAAACCCAGUGCAAACAGUGUAACGUCACCCCACUCCAAAGAGAAAAGAAUGCCCUUCUUUAAGAAGACAGAGCACACUCCUCCUUAUGACGUGGUACCUUCCAUGCGACCCGUGGUCUUGGUGGGCCCAUCUCUGAAGGGCUAUGAGGUCACAGAUAUGAUGCAAAAAGCAUUGUUUGAUUUUUUAAAACACAGAUUUGAAGGGCGGAUAUCCAUCACAAGGGUCACGGCUGACAUCUCGCUCGCCAAGCGCUCAGUGUUAAACAAUCCCAGCAAGCAUGCAAUAAUAGAAAGAUCUAACACAAGGUCAAGCUUAGCGGAAGUUCAGAGUGAAAUCGAAAGGAUUUUUGAACUUGCAAGAACAUUGCAACUGGUAGUCCUUGACGCAGAUACUAUUAAUCAUCCAGCUCAACUUAGUAAAACUUCCUUGGCCCCCAUUAUAGUAUACGUAAAGAUUUCUUCUCCUAAGGUUUUACAAAGGUUAAUAAAAUCUCGAGGGAAAUCUCAAGCCAAACACCUCAAUGUCCAGAUGGUAGCAGCAGACAAACUGGCUCAGUGUCCUCCGGAGCUGUUUGACGUGAUCCUGGAUGAGAACCAGCUGGAGGAUGCUUGUGAGCACCUUGCCGACUAUCUGGAGGCCUACUGGAAGGCCACCCACCCCCCCAGCAGCCAUCUCCCCAACCCUCUCCUGAGCCGGACUUUAGCUACUUCGACUCUGCCUACUAGCCCCACUCAAGCCUCUAAUUCACAGGGUUCUCAAGGAGAUCCGAGGACUGCACGCUCUGCUCCUGCCCGUUCCGCCUCCCAAGCUGAAGAAGAGCCCUGCCUGGAACCCGUCAAGAAACCCCACCACCGUUCUUCGUCCUCCGCCCAGCACCACAGCCAUCGUGGUGGCACGAGUCGAGGCCUCGCCAGGCAGGAGACGUUCGACUCGGAAACCCAGGAGAGUCGAGACUCUGCCUACGUGGAGCCGAAGGAAGACUACCCCCCCGAACACGGGGACCACUACGCCCCACACCGCGACCACAACCACAGAGAGGAGCCCCACGGGAGCAGCGAGCACAGACACAGGGAAGCUCGACACCGUGCCAGGGACCUGGAUCGAGAGCAGGACCACGGCGAGUGCAACAAACAGCGCGGCCGGCAUAAAUCCAAGGAUCGCUACUGUGACAAGGAUGGAGAAGGCAUAGCCCGGAAACGGAACGAGGCUGGGGAGUGGAGCAGGGAUGUUUACAUCCGCCAGUGACUUCUGCCCUCUUGUGUGUUUGUUCUUUUUUUUUUUAAGUCUUGUAUGACACCAUCCUCAGACUAAAUCUCUGGGGUCUACAUUGCAGUCAGAUGUGAUCGGUCUUGUAUACUCUGUAUUGCUGUUGCUUGAAUAGCAAUAGCAUGAUUGAUAAGGAGUAUUAAUAUACCUUUUUUUUCCUUUUGCAAGUGCUACGUAAGUUGGCCUCGUAUGGCUGCAGUGCUCCGGUUGUAUACUGGACUUUUCAAAAACUGUUUGGGAUAGCUGCCACUUGAACAAAAUCUGUUGCCACCCCGGUGGCUUUAGUAUUUUAAGAAACAUAGUUGACGUUUUCAAAAAUGUAGUUAAUGUAUCCAGCAAGCCAGAAUUGGCCCAGAUAAAAGUGGAAUUUCCUGAUUCUCCAGAUUUUUAAUAUGUAGGCACCAGAUCUGCAUACUCAUUUAUCCAUGGACCACUGUUUCUUGCUUGUACCUCUGGCUGACUAAAUUUGGGGACAGAUUCAGUCUUGCCUUACACAAAGGGGAUCAUAAAGUUAGAAUCUAUUUUCUAUGUACUAGUACUGUGUACUGUAUAGUUUGUAAAUGUUAUUUCUGCAAACACCUUCUUAUGAUAAUUAUAUAUAUAAUAUAUAAAUAUAUAUAUAUAUAUCAGUUUGAUCACACUAUUUUAGAGUCUUAAUGCCAAGUCAGCAGAUUUGCUUUAUGAAUUACAGGGACUAGAGAUGCCCACCUUCAGGAAAUUUGUUAUAUCGUCUAGACACCUACCCCCAUUCUCGUAGAAAGUCUGUACAUACUGUAAAUACGCGUGAUUGCUUGACUUGAAAAGGUUUGAUUUCUGAAUGUUUUACCAUCCUUGUAAGUUUAUAACUUUGACCAUAAAUUAUGGUAAAUAUAACCAAACUCCAAAGGUUGUUCUAAUCCAUGCAGUUCACACUGAUUGGGACAAACACGUCCUGAGUAGUUAAUGUCUUAUGUCGCUGCACUGGACUUGACGAGCCGGACCUCUCUGUGUGCAAGUGCGUCUGUGUGUAAGAGCGGUACGAGUGUGCACGAGUGACUGAGAUGGACCCGAGUGCUGAAGACUCGAGACUGAUGACCUAGAAUUCUACCCACCUGGCUUUGUAUUUAAUUGUGUUACGUGUCGCUUUAAUAAUCCGUUGAGCAGUCAGGGAAUGUGAGGAAGCUCGCUGCCAAAGGUGACCAGGAAGGCAUCCAUGUGCUGGCUCCUUGUGUUUGCUCCUAGAGUAAGAACACAGGCAACUUUUAACUGUGAGUGUUUCACUGGAAAUGUACAAUCUUUGUGUGUUUGAGUAUUUGUUUUAGUAAGAAAUGUUUACACAGCUUGUAGAAUUAUUUCGUGGGAAAAUAAAUUUUUCUACCUUCUCCCACCUCCUUUUCUAAACCUUGCCUAUCGUUCCUGUGGUCUAUCUCCCCCAGAUUUACCCUUCAUUCUGUCCUUACCACCAACUCCAACACGUCAAUGUCCGUCAAAACCCAGAAGUGCUUCUUACAACCAAAGUUUCUGCUCUUCAGAAGUAAUCAGGGCAAAAUGAGGGGACUUGAAGUGAACAAAACAUUAAGAAUAUCUUCCUAUGUUAGACACCUGCUCUGAAGGGGAGCCCGGAAGAUGCUGUUCUCCACGCCUCAAAGAUAGCACUGUCAGCAGCUCACAGUGUGGUUGCCACGCUAAGGCUAAGACCUUCUCCGUGUCACUUAUGUGUCCAUUUUGUCCAGUUAUGACUGGACAGGUAAGACAGUAUUAGGUGUGCAAGCACCUAGCACCUGAAGUUUGUCCCUGGAAAAGGCCCAUCUAUAAUUGCCUAACUUCAGAUCUACACAUUGUAAAAUUAUUAUUAAGUCGGUUCAUCUAGUUUUGUUCUGCUUCUUUGAUUAUUCCAGGUUCUUGCCAAAUAUUCUUGGAGCUUUAUAUGUAAAACUUUCACAUUUAACUCCUUAUUUCCCUCCCUGCACAGAAAACCUCAGUUUUACAAAUGAGUUACACUUUAAGGGUUUUACCCGCUAAUGGAAGAAACAUUUUCCUCAGAAUUAAUCUUUUUGUUAUUAAUUAGCUCUGUACUGUUGACAAAUUUAUUUACUGAAGAUAAAAACGGUAGAUGUAAACAUUUUUGAUGUAAAAUAUUCGUAUCAUUGGGAAACCAUAUUCCAGUUACAGUUACCUGUGUAAAAUAUUUCUGAACUUUCAUCCCAAUUAAUGACUUUGGAAUAUUUAAAUUCUUGAAAUAUAACUGGUAUUUAUCUUACUUGCUGCUACCACUAAUCUUUCAACGAGUCAUGCCAACAGAUUCCGGUUUUAAAAUUUGUAUCUGGAUUCUUAAUUUUUCACUUACUGUGAAACGUAGUAGUCCAAAUCAGAGUAUUCCUCAAAAAAAAUAUGUUGCAGGAUUUGACAUGAACAUCUAUAUGUGUGUAAACAGUGUGUUCUAAAUUUGUAAAUGAAGAAAUAAUCCCAAGGGCAAUGGGAGAUUUACUGAUUUGUGGAAUGUAAAAUUAGUCUCUUCACUCAGCAAAGGCUUAAUCUUAACCUACUCAGUUGUAGAAUCAUGAUCUUUGUAGUCGACCUAGAAAAUGCUGGAAAUGUCCUUAAUAGUUCUGUGUUUUAUUGUCAAAUCCGUUUCAGUUCUUCCUAUGCUCUUUCUCUACUGCUCAUUUGAGUUACUGUUACAAAAAGGUGCUGCUAAAUGUAGGGUGUCUUAGUCAUACUGUACUUUGGGACAAUGCCACAUUUUUAACAUGGUCUGCUAUGCAUUCCUGUUAAACAUUCACUGUCAGCUACACUGAACUGUUCAACAAAUCUGGUUUAAAGUCAUCAUACAAAACAAAUAAAGAGCUGGCUUUCUGCACUGUUUACUAGUAGAAGUAUUGAUUGCCAUUUUAGGGAUGAUUCUGAUAGUUGAGAAUACGUCCUGUUUUCAACACCAGUGCCCACUUGUGGAGCAGCUCUCUCAAGGGCAACGCUAAUCACUGACGUUACUUUAGCGACGUUCCCGUGAUGUC